CAAAUGUAUUUGGAAAAAAAUCUGUGGCCAACGAAGAGCUCACAUCAGCUGCCACGCACUUCCGCCAUGGCCUCCCGCGCGGUCUCCGUCUUCUACGGCUCACAGACCGGCUGUGCCGAGUCCAUUGCCCAGGUUCAGUGCUGCACUCUGCUUCUAUGUUCGCGCAUUUGUGUCGUUAAAUUAAUAUUUUUAUGAUAUUGGCAAAUUCCGCAGCGCAUUUACGACGAGGCCCUGGAGAAGCAAUUGGAUGCAGAGCUACACCCGCUCAAUGAGUUUCAGAAAGUGCGUUUUGGUUUCUUACUCUUUAGUGCUACAGUGGUGCUGGUGCUGAGUAUUGCUGCUUGAUAACAGAGCAAAGUUGAGACGCGCGACGGACACUUCGUGGUCAUCGUGUGCUCCACAACAGGCAACGGCGACCCGCCUGACAACUGCGGCAAGUUUUGGCGCUAUGUGAAGCGCCGAACGCAACCCGAGGACAUGCUUGCCAAGCUGCGGUACACGGUAUUGGGACUUGGAGACACCAACUACGACAAGUUCUGGUGAGACAGGAUGGAGUGGCAGAGGAGUACGUGUGGGCUGACACUUUGGGUUUUAUUGAUGUAGUUUUAUGGGCAAGAGCAUUGAGAAGCGCAUGCGAGAGUUGGGAGCGCAGAGCUUCUACGAGUUCGCUGACGAAGCGAUGGGACUUGAGGACAGUGUGGAGCCAUGGCUCAAUGGACUAUGGGAGGCAUUUGACAAAGCAAAUGGUGUGAUAGAGGUCACCGCUGAUGUUGUUACCUCAGUUUCGGAUAUCAAGGAAAGCACUGCAAAUGGUGGUAACUCACUGACUACUGAGAAAACGUCGUCGACAUCGACCACUGUGAACACGCCGUACAUCUUGGACAACCUUAUUUCGUACGAGAAGAUGUUCGGCCCCCUGGACACUCCGACUGAGGUUCCUGAGGACCUCCCACGUCUACAACAUUCGCUUCUGAGUGUGCAUUUCCUGGGUGAUGAAGAGCGGCAGAAACCAAUUCACACGUCAACUACCGAUGAAGAUGAUAAGGAAAUUAGCUCGACGAACCCGUUCAUGGCUUCAUUGAUUGGUGCUGAGUAUCUUACCGCCCCACACGCCGAGAGAAAGGUUCUUCGUCUUGAUAUCGACGUCAGUGGCUCUGGUAUUCAGUAUGUUCCUGGUGACUCGAUCGGAAUCAAGUGCCCCAACCGAACGGAGGAUGUGGAUGCUCUACUGGCACGCUUGGGAGUCAGCGGUGAUGAGGUUUUCUCAGCUGAACCGGUCGCCGCCACUAACGGACGUGCAGCAAAGCGGAAGAACACUUCGAUUCACUUCCCUACGCCGUGCAGCGUCCGUGACGUCUUCUUACACUACGUCGACAUCCUGAGCUCACCAAAGAAAGCAGCAGUUCGUGCUCUUGCGACGUAUUGCACGGACGAGGAAGAACGUGCGCGUAUGCUGCUUUUGAGCAGCAAGACUGGCGCAGACAAGUAUACGGAGUUCAUCACGGAGCAGCAUCUCAACUUCGCGGAGAUCCUACAUUUCUUCCCGUCCUGCAAACCCCCACUCGACCACUUAUUGACUCUGAUACCGCAGUUAAUGCCGCGGUAUUACUCGAUUGCGACAUCGCCGCUGGUUGAUCCCACUCGGCUGUCCGUGGCGUUCACUGUCGUAGAGUACGCAGUGGGCGAGCACGGCCUCCGUCGCCGCGGACUCUGCACGAACUGGCUGAACAAGAUCUGUCAGCCGUUGAUUGGCGCCAGUGUAGCUGCCUCUAUAACCAUCAAGAUCCCAAUCUUCUUGCGUGGCACGCAGGACUUCCACCUCCCUGAAAACUCUCAGUCACCGAUGGUGCUUAUUGGACCGGGUACUGGAGUUGCCCCGUUCAUGGGAUUUUUACAGCAUCGCUACUACGAAGCCAAAGAUGCGUCCGUAACUCGAGGUGAUGCGUACCUGUUCUUCGGAUGUCGACGACAGAGUGAGGACUGGCUGUUCAAGGAGCAGAUGCAGGAAUACGCCUCGAAUGGCGCGUUGAGGCAGCUAUUCAUUGCUUUUUCUCGCGAUCAGGAUGAGAAGCACUACGUCCAGCACGACUUGCGCGACAAUGUGGAGCUAGUGGCUGAUAUCCUAUUGGGAUCGGACGGCUACGUGUUUGUCUGCGGCGAUGGCAUGGCAAUGGCUAAGGAUGUUCACGCUGCUCUCGUUGGGAUUUUGACAGAGCGUGCGGGGCUAUCUCAGGAAGAUGCCGAACUGAAGCUGCGAGAACUGGGAACGCAGCACCGCUACGUCCGUGAUAUUUGGUGAUUCGCGCACGUAGUACACUCCUUAGAUCUUGCUUUAGUUUACAUGUAGAAGAGUUUGCAUGAUCUCCUCCGCCGGUUCGAUAGAGGAUUCAGUCUAGCACUUGUGUUCGACUCGACCGACAUUUGAAUUGAGGCGCAAGAGUAUGCGAACCAGAUUUUGCUCCCGAGUUGUACAUCUCUCUCUCUACCACCUCUUACAAGAACACAUUCUAUAGAAUUCAAAGAAAAAGUCUUCGGCAA